CCAUUAUUUUUUUUAUAAAAAAACACAAAAUACAGCUCGUUAACCAAAUCCCCCAAAUUUCUUUUUUCCUUUUCAUUUCACUGCACUAAAUUCACCCACCAUAGCUACUUCUUUUCUCUCGAUCUGUUAAGGUUUUUGGAGAAACAAAUGGAAGUUGAAGAGAAGGAGAACGAGGAAGAAGCUCUCACAUUUAGAAGAUGAAAAUCAUGUUCUACGACAAAAAGCAUUGACCCCAUCCCCGAAAAGCAACCGUUCUAACUUUUUAAAGUCAUUUUCAGAUUGAGGAAUUUAGGGGUAUUUUCAAGAAGGAAAAUCCUAAUGUGAAGGCUGUAUCAGUUGAAGUGAAUUAGUACCCCUUUGAGCAUGAUAUUGGAUGCAUGUUUUGUAAAUGACUUUGGGGGUUGUUUCUUUGAACUUCUUUGCUUGAAGGUUGGUAAAGCUACGGAAGAGAUGUGGAAAUCCAUGUCUGACGCAGAAAAAGCCCCUUAUGAGGUCAAAUCUGGACAAAGGAAGGUUAAGUAUGAAAAACAAAUGAAAGCCUACAACAAAAAACAGGAAAAUUCUGCUAAUGGCAUCGGAGAUGAUCACGAGGUUGACGCACUGCAAGCUAUUCGGCGUAAGCUCAAAGAUCCGAGAAAAAAUCUAAGGAACUGGAGAAAAGGAGAUCCUUGCGUUUCGAACUGGACCGGAGUAAUCUGCACCAUGCCUCAACCUGAUGGCUUUUUGCAUAUUCAAGAACUGCGGAUGCUAAACUUGAAUCUUACUGGAAAGCUUGCUCCUGAACUUGGCCAGCUAUCUAAUUUGACUGUACUGAAUUUUAUGUGGAAUCACAAUAUUACAGGAAGUAUACCUAAGGAGAUAGGCAAUAUAAAAUCAUUGAAGUUCCUGCUUUUAAGUGGGAAUCAGCUUUCAGGACCUUUGGCCGACGAGCUCGGUUUUCUUCCUAACUUGUUGAUGUUUCAGGUGGAUUUGAAUCAGAUAACAGGUUCACUGCCCAAAUCUUUUGUCAACCUCAUCAGCUGCAGGCACUUUCACAUGAACAACAACUCAAUCAGUGGGUAGAUUCCGUCAGAGCUCAGCAGCAUGCCUGCACUUAUUCAUUUUCUGCUGGACAACAAUAACUUAAUGGGGAAUCUACCACCAGAGUUUUCACAGAUGCCUAAAUUGAGAAUACUCCAACUUGAUAAUAACAAUUUUGGUGGAACAGAAAUUCCGGCUUCUUAUGGCAACAUGUCCAACCUAGUGAAAUUGAAAAAUGGUGCAUAAUGCAGGAUAAAUGGAUUAAUGGUACAAAUGGUGAAGCUCUAGCGCGCAGUGCAGGUUUUUAUUGUGUUGAACCUAUUCUAUAUGUUAUGCAGAGGCCAAGAACAAGGACUUUACAAGCUGUUCAAGUGUAUUUUCAAUCAGUAAUUGCAACCAAAGAUUUUAUCUACUUUAUCUACUGCCUUACAUUUGUCACUUCACAUCAUUGCCUUAAAUGAAUCAUCUAAAUCUGGGAAUUGGAGCAAGGAAGUGAAGCAUGAAGAUGAUUCUGAUGUUCUCAUUGAAUGCCGAAACGUGUACAAAUCAUUUGGAGAAAAGCACAUCUUGCGAGGUGUGAGCUUCAAGGUUAUAUUUUUUUUUUUUGCUUUUAUGUUUUCUUUUAUUCUAGAGGUACUUGGGGGACUAUAUGAGGGUCAUUUCAAGUUAUUAGUCACCUUCAAACUCCCCAAUUGAAUAUUCUCUUUUCAUUAGUGUUUUGGGGUUUCGACGUUCUUUAGAACAAUAUUAAAGGAUUGAAGCUAAGGCUGCAUGCCGUCAUUGAUUCUUAAAGGCCAGUUAUCUGGUUGUUUGGUUCUAAAUUUGAUUAGUUUGGUCUGUUUCCUCUCCUGUACCAUCUUCCCUUCUUUCAGCCUCAUAGUUUUUAUUAUUAAUGUCCUCUUUCAUUGGUGUAUAAAGCGAUGACAUGAUUACAAUAAUUGGUUUUAAUCUAUGAUGCUCAGACUUGAGAUGCUUGGCUGAGUAAUUCUAUGACAGCUUGAUACUGGCAAGAAUUUUGGAUCUGUGUCAAACAUGGUUGAUGGCUGGAUAUAUUGACAACUCAUUGGCUGCCUUGCUGGUAGUCUAGUAGGUGUAAUGGUCCUUGGUUAUCUAGAUCCUUGUUGUCUAUCAAUCAUGGUUGGUAUGCACUCAACGUUUGACAUGAAAAACUGGAAAUUUGGUCCACUUCAAAUUUGAUGUUCUGAUAGCAUGUGUUUUGUGAUAUCAACAAGAAGGAUAGAGAGUAAAAGAAUGUCAUAUAAUAUGCCAUCUUGGUUCAGGAUUGUACCUAGUUCUAUAUUGAACCGAAGCUAUUCUUUAUCAGUCCAUCUCAAAUCAGACUGGACAAAUUGUGUCUAAUGAUGUAUACUUUGAAUUUAGUGAGGAGUGGAAAUUUAGAAUCUCUGAUUGUGUAUUUGAUUGGUUAAAUAGGUGAUGUGUCGGUCAUGCAUGAUGUAUCAUGGAUAUCUAUAAACAAUUUAGAUGUUUUGUUGUUUUUAUUAAUAAACAAGAUGCUGUAUUUGGACUUGCUGUUAGUAAAAGACUUGCUGUAUUUUAUUUAUAUCUUUAUAUUUAAUCUAAUUUUUAUUAUUUAUUUUAGUUUUGAUUCUAUAUUUUAUUUUUAUUUUAAUAUUUAAUAACUUGAGUUCUAAGUUUUGUUAUUAAUUUAUUAUUUUACAUUCUAAAUUUGAAUUCAUCAAAUUUUAUAUUUAGUUUUAAAGUUAAAAUUUUCAUACAAAAUUUAAUUUGAUAAUGAAUUUUAAUAGAAAAUUUUUAUAUUUAUAUCAUGGAUAUUAUUCUCCUCAAUAUUUUGAUAAUGAAUUUUAAUUUUUCAUGACCUUUAUAAUAUUUUAUAAUAUUUUUUUAAAAUUUCAUGACCUUUAGCGGCGUUUGUGGGAAAAGCGCCGUUAAAGGCCAUGACCUUUAGAGGAGUUUUUUAAAAAAAAAACGCCGCAAACUUUUGUGGCGCCAUCUAUAGCGGCGUUUUUUAUGGCGCUUGUAAAAGCGCCGCUAAAGGCCUAAAAAAACGUCGCUAAAAGUCAGUUUUGCUGUAGUGGUCAUUAGGGAUUAUUGUGAUUAUGUGAUCCGAGUCUGGUUUCAGUAUGUCCUACUGGUGGUGAGUAUACCAAGAUAUGUUAUGUUAUUUAACGACUUGUGUGAGCAAAGACCGUGUAGCUACGUCUUGACCCACAGCUUGUGUGAGCAGGCAUGUUGAUAGCUCUAGUGUGAGCAGUAUAUGUGUUAUGAGAUUGAGUUGGUUUCAGGCCAUGAUAUUGGCACUUUGGUGCGAGUUUCUCAUGUAUCCGAUAGUAUUCUGAAUGGUUCAACGGGUAAAUAAAGGACGUGGUUGUGUAUGAAAUUGAUACAAGAUGGUACAGGUAUGUACAUGAACUGUAUAAACUUAAAUCGAAGAAGUUGUGAAGUUCAUAUAUAAGAUUAUGAUUGAAAAUGUGAAAGGUUUGUUAGUUAAAUGAAUUACAUGUUGAUAUGUUCAAAUUGAUAAUUUAUAUAAUCAUGUUAAGAUUGAGUUUAUUUCAUACAAGCUUACUAAGCUAUAAAGCUUAUUUUGUUUAUUUUUCCAUGUUUUAUAGUGACUUUAAAGCUAACUCAAAUUCGGGAAUCGUCGGGGAUUACGUCACACUAUCCAACUAUCAAUUUGGUACUUUUGAACUUAUGUUUUGGUUAUAUGGCAUGUAUAGGUAUUUUGAGUCAUUUUGGUUAUGAGUUGAAAAUGAUUUUGGCUAUUUGAAUUGGGUUGUAAAAGUUUAUAUUUUGGUUUGUAUAUAUAUAGCCAUGAGUGAUGACUUAUUUUGGGUUAUUUUGGUAUGUUUGAAUCAUGUAUAUAUAAAUGUGUAUAUGUUUUAGUGAAA